AUGGCUUUAUUACAUUGCUGGCGUCUUCUGUUUUUGUAGUUUAUUUUAAAAGGGAGACCAAGGUCAAACAUGGUAACGAACAGUGUUGCUUUUAGAGAGGAAUGCGGAUCUAAGGGUGCUGGGGAAAAGAAUCAGAUGUUUCAAUUGUGUAGCGUUCUGUUCAUUCAGCCCAAUGGCAGGUACUCAUCCUGGGAGUUUGAAGCUACAACCAUUCUACCUAAUACCAUGCUACACAGCACUGCCAUUGGAUAACUUUACAAUUCAGGGUUAGUCUCGGCACAUCCAAAUGCUAUCUGUUAUGGAUGCUAACUUUAGACAUGCGGUCGAGAGUUGUAGCCAACCUCCUUAAAAUGACCAGUUGGGUGCUUAGGCAGACAACUUAGAACACUCAGAACUCAACUCGGAACAAGCUCUGCACAGGUAUCUAUUUCCCCUAGCUCUCUUAUCAAGUCACUUGGUAAAGAUUAGCCAAAUCGAACGGGCAAUCCCUUACUGCUCCAUUCCCAGAGGCUCGAACGCCAGAGACCGGUCCCCUAGAAUUUGCCCGUAAGGUAACUCUGGAAGUGACAGACAGCCCGAAGCCGGGAUUCUCCCGCCUUUUGAUUGGACUUUGCAGGAAGCCCCGCCUCAGAGGCUUGACUCAGGACUGCAAUUGGCCUAGUGAGGCUGAGUGGCGGGUCUUGGCCACGCCCCUGCCGUCCGCUGCGCUGCCUGGGCCAGCGCCGUUUCCAGUUGAGAGAUGGCGGCCGCCGCAGGUAGAUCGCUCCUGCUGCUGCUCUGCUCCCGGGGCGGCGGCGGGGGCGCCGGCGGCUGCGGAGCGCUGACUGCCGGCUGCUUUCCCGGGCUGGGCGUCAGCCGCCACCGGCCGCACCAGCAGCACCGGACGGGCUUUCUUUCAUGACCAUUCCUCAGUGGCUGGCAGGAUCCCCACCUCACUCUCCACCUUCCGUGCCAGUGACAUCUUAGCUGCUAGAGUGUGGAGUUGGCCUGUGGGAUCAAGUAUUGGUGAUGGGACCUGUUCAUGCAGGGGAAACUUGAACAUUCGCAGGCACACCAGAGGCCGGCUUCCUGGCAGAGCGUGGGAGCCGCAUAUUGCAGUACGGUUGUGCCCUCUGAUGACGUGACGGUGGUUUACCAAAAUGGAUUACCGGUGAUAUCUGUGAGGCUACCCUCUCGACGCGAGCGCUGCCAAUUCACACUCAAGCCUAUCUCUGACUCAGUCGGCGUGUUUUUACGACAACUGCAAGAGGAGGAUCGGGGAAUCGACCGGGUCGCCAUCUACUCACCAGAUGGCGUUCGAGUCGCUGCCUCCACGGGGAUAGACCUCCUGCUCCUCGAUGACUUUAAGCUUGUCAUUAAUGACUUAACAUACCACGUACGGCCACCAAAGAGAGACCUCCUAAGCCAUGAAGAUGCAGCGACGCUGAACGACGUGAAGACCCUGGUCCAGCAGCUGUACACCACACUGUGCAUUGAGCAGCAUCAGCUUAACAAAGAGCGGGAGCUCGUGGAGAGGUUAGAGGACCUCAAGCAGCAGCUGGCCCCCCUGGAGAAGGUACGAAUUGAAAUUAGCAGAAAAGCAGAGAAGAGGACCACUCUGGUGCUGUGGGGAGGCCUGGCCUACAUGGCCACCCAGUUUGGCAUUCUGGCCCGGCUCACCUGGUGGGAGUACUCGUGGGACAUCAUGGAGCCCGUCACCUACUUCAUCACGUACGGAAGCGCCAUGGCCAUGUAUGCGUAUUUUGUAAUGACGCGCCAGGAAUAUGUUUAUCCAGAAGCCAGAGACAGACAAUACUUAUUAUUUUUCCAUAAAGGAGCCAAAAAGUCACGUUUCGACCUAGAGAAAUACAAUCAGCUCAAGGAUGCAAUUGCUCAGGCAGAAAUGGAUCUUAAGAGACUGAGAGACCCAUUACAAGUACACCUGCCCCUCCGACAGAUCGGAGAAAAGGAAUGAUCCGAGAUGACCGUGAAUCCCGGCAGAGAGUGCGCCUGUUUGUAACUCACGCCGUUUUAAUUAAAGCAUGGCAGGUGGAGGCUGGGGUAGAGGGUUUUUACCUUUAAUUCUAAAAACAAAACACAAAAAGGAUCUUAGGGAAUAAAGGGAUCUUAAAUGCUGAGGAUCCAGCAUCAUGGAAUCCAAGUGCAAAGGGCUUAGCGAGUCUUGUCUUAAGCAUCUCCAUUUCGGAUGAGAGUGAAGACUCCGUCGCAGCUGGGCGGAGGAUGUUGGGUGUUUGCUUCUUGCAUCUUUGCAGGGUCUGCGGAACACUAACACACCAGCACCCCACUCAGCUCCAGGUUUUUGUUUUUGUUUUUUAAUUUAAAGUUUCUUAUUUUUGACAUAGGAAUAAAUAAGUGUAUAAGAAAAUCAAAUCUUCUGAUUCAUGAAUGGCAGAGUCUGGGCCAGUGCGGCUAGCCUUCAUUUUAAGCUGGACCUGGCCUUCAUUUUAAGCUGGACCCGGUCUCUGCAAAGGUACCAGAAUCUCUCGGCCCUGCACCCCUUUUCUGACCACCUACCUACCUGCAGAUCCUGGUUGGUUGGUCACACUGCUUUUAACCACAUAAUCAUUGGAAUUAAGUUAUGAUUGUUUGAUGAUUGACACUUGGAUUAUCUCUUAAUGAGAUCUCAUGUCUAUCUCCCCGGGGCUCUGAAUCAAUGUCUAGAAGUCACUGGCAAUACUGCAUGAGGGUUUUUGUUGUAUUUUUUUCCUUUUUUUUUUUCUUUUGGUUUUUUUUUUUUUUUUUUUUUACUAAUUAGUCUUGAGAGGAGGAAAAAUUCCUUCCUUUAUAUACUGAUCCCAUUGAUAACCCCCACUUCCUGCACACCACGGAUCAGAAGGCCCGUGCUCAUCCAUAUUACCAAAAGAGGAGGAUGUAAGGUUUACAGAUCGGCUAAAAAUCAGGCUCCGAGUCUAUUUCAGACCAAGAGACUCUGGGUUAAUCUAACACACACGUCAUCAUGUGCUCUCACAACUCCACCACCCCAGCUGCUGGAAAUCAAGGGCGGAUCUCAAAGGCUGCAGCUAUCUUUUUACCAGGAAUAUCUUCCUAUGGCUUCCUUUAGCCUGUCUUCUCCACCCCGUUUAUUUUUAUCUUAAACAGAGAGACAGGAGAAUUACUCUUACACUCUGAUAGAGUGUUUUCUACCAUCUUCCCAGAUGGUCCCUGCGCUCGAAGUCAAAGCACUCUGCCUAGUGGCCUGUUUUUAACUGUUCUGGGGACAGGAUGGCAAGGAGGACGGGGGCUUGCCACACGACCGAUUGAUUGGGUGUUUGGUUUUGGUUUGCUUCCUUCCCAUGAUUCACCCCGCCUCAUGGGACAAGGAGUUUCUUUUUCCUCCUCCUUUGGGGAUCAUUGUAUAUGAAAGAAAACCUUUGAAUGACAAACCCAGACUCUAGGUGCCUUGCAGAGGUUGAAGGCCAGCCACGCCACUGCUUCCACCACCAGCCGCCACUGGCCUGCCAGAGAAAGGAUGCAUGUCUCGGUCCCCAGCCCGCCUCCUCCUUCCUUCCUGUCCUUCAACCUCUCCCCUGUUUCUUUUCCUUGUGCAGAUUAUUUUUAAGCCAUCUAUCCUGUUUGUGUGCAGGGUUCUUAAGAAGGCAUGGCACAGUGCAAUGAGCAAAUCCUCUGAGUGUGGGAGGCGGGGGGUGGGCGAGCAAGAUGUUGGACACGUGUACAAUCCUGUAUCAUUUAUGAAAUAUGUAUAAAAAGCAAUGUACCUUCCGGAACAAUAAAUACUUAUUCAAUUUUUGAA